GGGAGACCAUCCCCCUACCUCACCCUCCGCCUGCCACAGACCGGCUAGCCCUUCCAGGAGAAAAGCAAUCCUUACCUCUGCUUGAAGGUCUCUGGGCCUCCUGUCUGUGCCCGGACCCUCUCCCCAUCCCAGCCUCCCAUGCCGAGGCCCGCCUUGUCAGUCACUUCCUUUUGUCAUCGGCUUGGCAAACGGGAGAGAAAACGGAGCUUCAUGGGAAACAGCAGCAACAGUUGGUCCCAUGCCCCAUUCCCCAAGUUGGAGCUGGGCCUGGGGCCCCGGCCCACGGUGCCCCGGGAGCUUCCCCCCUGCUCCAUCUGCCUGGAGAGGCUACGCGAGCCCAUCUCACUGGCCUGUGGCCACGACUUCUGCGCUCGGUGCUUCAGCACGCACCGCAUCCCAGGCUGCGAGCCGCCCUGCUGCCCCGAGUGCCGGAAGAUCUGCAAGCAGAAGAAGGGGCUCCGGAGUCUGGGGGAGAAGAUGAAGCUCCUGCCGCAGCGGCCACUGCCCCCCGUGCCGCAGGAGGCCUGUGCCGCGCGGGCGGAGCCGCUGCUGCUGGUGCGCCUCAGCGCCUCCGGGGGCCUCAUCCUCAGGAUGGGCGCCAUCAACCGCUGCCUGAAGCACCCCCUGGCCAGGGACACCCCGGUCUGCCUCCUUGCUGUCCUGGGGGAGCAGCACUCAGGGAAGUCCUUCCUUCUCAGCCACUUGCUUCGGGGCUUGCCGGGCCUGGAGUCCGGCCAGGGCGGCUGGCUGAGAGGAGGAGAGGGUGCCCUGCAGGGGUGUGGUUGGGGAGCCAAUGGCCUCACCAGGGGCAUAUGGAUGUGGAGCCAUCCCUUCCUGCUGGGGAAAGAAGGGAGGAAGGUGGCUGUGUUCCUGGUGGACACAGGGGACGCCAUGAGCCCGGAGCUGAGCAGAGAGACGAGGAUCAAGCUGUGCGCCCUCACCUCCAUGCUGAGCUCCUACCAGAUCCUCAGCGCCUCCCAGGAGCUGCAAGAUACAGACCUGGACUACCUGGAGAUGUUUGUCCAAGUGGCCGAGGUGAUGGGCAAGCAUUAUGGGAUGGUGCCAAUUCAGCACCUGGAUCUCUUAGUUCGUCAGGACUCAUCCCACCCCAAGCAGGCAGGACAGGGGCACGCGGGUGACAUCCUCCAGAGAUUGUCCGGCAAGUACCCCAAGGUCCAGGAGCUGCUCCACGGGAGACGAGCCCGCUGUUACCUCCUGCCCACUCCGGGGAGGCGGUGGACAGACAAAGGCCAAGGGAGCCCCGGCAAUACGGGUGGCGAUUUCCACCACCAUCUCGGGGCCUACGUCUCCGAUGUGCUGAGCGCGGCCCCCCAGCACGCUAAGAGCCGCUGCCAGGGGUACUGGAACGAGGGCCGCGCAGUGGCCAGGGGGGACAGACGCCUGCUCACAGGGCAGCAGCUCGCUCAGGAGAUCAAGAACCUCUCGGGCUGGAUGGGCAGGACGGGGCCGGGUUUCGCGUCUCCAGCCGAGAUGGCCGCUCAGCUGCACGACCUGAGGAAGGCGGAGGCCGCCAAGAGGGAGUUUGAGGAGUACGUGCGGCAGCAGGACUUGGCCACCAAGCGCAUAUUCUCUGCGCUGCGGGUCCUGCCCGAUACCAUGCGGAACCUCCUGUCCACGCAGAAAGACGCCAUCCUGGCUCGCCACGGCGUGGCCAUGCUGUGCAAGGGGAGAGAGCAGACCUUGGAGGCGCUGGAGGCCGAGCUGCAGGCCACGGCCAAGGCCUUCAUGGACUCCUACACGAUGCGCUUCUGCGGCCACCUGGCUGCCGUGGGGGGCGCCGUGGGGGCCGGGCUCAUGGGCCUGGCAGGGGGCGUGGUGGGCGCGGGCAUGGCAGCAGCGGCACUGGCUGCCGAGGCCGGGAUGGUGGCAGCUGGAGCUGCAGUGGGGGCCACGGGGGCCGCUGUCGUCGGGGGUGGCGUGGGCGCUGGGUUAGCUGCCACCGUGGGCUGCAUGGAGAAGGAGGAGGACGAGAGGGUGCAGGAAGGGGACCGAGAGCCCCUUCUCCAGGAAGAGUAA